UCAGCUACUACUGUUAAGCGAUUCUCACUAAAACCCUCGAACACAUCGCCCUUAUCUCUCUCUCUCUCUAGAUCUACUCGCUAUGGCUACUAUCACCGGUGUUAAGGCUAGACAGAUCUUCGACAGCCGUGGUAAUCCCACCGUUGAGGUUGAUAUCCACACAUCCAGUGGUGUCAAGGUUACAGCAGCUGUUCCUAGUGGAGCUUCCACUGGUAUCUACGAGGCUCUUGAGCUUAGGGAUGGAGGUUCUGACUACCUUGGAAAGGGUGUCUCUAAGGCUGUUGGCAAUGUGAACAACAUCAUCGGCCCAGCACUUAUUGGAAAGGACCCAACUCAGCAGACUGCUAUCGAUAACUUCAUGGUCCAUGAACUUGAUGGGACCCAGAAUGAGUGGGGUUGGUGCAAGCAAAAGCUUGGAGCCAAUGCGAUUCUUGCUGUGUCUCUUGCUGUCUGCAAAGCUGGGGCUGUUGUCAGCGGCAUUCCUCUAUACAAGCACAUUGCCAAUCUUGCUGGUAACCCUAAGAUUGUGCUUCCAGUUCCUGCCUUCAACGUCAUCAAUGGUGGAUCCCAUGCUGGAAACAAGCUUGCUAUGCAGGAGUUUAUGAUUCUCCCUGUUGGAGCUUCAUCUUUCACGGAAGCCAUGAAAAUGGGUGUGGAAGUUUACCACCACUUGAAGUCUGUGAUUAAGAAGAAGUACGGCCAGGAUGCCACAAAUGUUGGUGAUGAAGGUGGCUUUGCUCCAAACAUUCAGGAGAACAAGGAAGGUCUUGAAUUGCUCAAGACUGCUAUCGAGAAGGCUGGCUACACCGGAAAGGUUGUCAUUGGAAUGGAUGUUGCCGCUUCAGAGUUCUACUCAUCAGACAAGACCUACGACUUGAACUUCAAAGAAGAGAACAAUGGUGGUUCUCAGAAGAUUUCUGGUGAUGCUCUCAAGGACCUGUACAAGUCCUUUGUUUCUGAGUACCCAAUUGUGUCCAUUGAGGACCCAUUUGACCAAGAUGAUUGGGAGCACUAUGCUAAGAUGACCAGUGAGUGUGGAACCGAGGUUCAGAUUGUGGGUGAUGAUUUGUUGGUCACCAACCCCAAGAGAGUUGCUAAGGCAAUCGCCGAAAAGUCUUGCAAUGCUCUUCUUUUGAAGGUUAACCAAAUCGGAUCUGUAACCGAGAGUAUCGAGGCAGUUAAGAUGUCGAAGAAAGCAGGCUGGGGAGUGAUGACCAGCCACCGAAGUGGUGAAACUGAGGACACAUUCAUUGCUGACUUAGCCGUUGGCUUGUCUACUGGACAAAUCAAAACCGGUGCUCCUUGCAGAUCCGAGCGUCUUGCCAAGUACAACCAGCUUUUGCGUAUCGAGGAGGAGUUGGGAUCAGAGGCAAUUUACGCUGGAGUCAACUUCCGCAAACCUGUGGAACCCUACUAAGUGGAGCUUUUAGAAGCUAAGCGGUCUUCUUUGUGACGACGAGAAGAUGACUUGAGUUUGGUCAUUUGCUUAAUUAAAUAAAAACGUUUGUUUUUG